CAUCGGCGAUAAUACCGAUACUCACCUUCCCAACAGAUACAUCGCUGAUCAUGUCCACGGUUCAUCAUGCGCAACAUGAAGAUGUGGGUUUACCCCGCACGUCUGGGGUAAAACCGUAGCUGCUAUAUCCGGGAUUGGUUUGCCGAAAUGAUACUAAUACUAUGACCUAUACUGGACUAUCUCAAUCGCAUAGUCGUUGAAAAAAACCAUUCACUUGACACCGAUCGUUUGCCACACGCGGAUUCAGAGAUACAGAACUUAAGCCGAGUCAAGCCAACAUGAGCAAGUCUUUAGACGGGGAGAAACAGGAACACCUCGAACAUGUCGACAUCGAUACAGCCAAGCAGCAGCAUGGAACACUGCAAGAGUAUGGAGAAGAGAUAGACAUCCAUGAUGAGAAGUAUAACAAGAAGCUCAACCGACGUCUCGACCGACGCGUUCUACCACUGUGCUGCUGGGUCUAUCUCUUGAACUUUCUUGACAGAGGAAACAUUGGAAAUGCCCGCGUGCUCAACACCGAAACGGGCGACGACAUGCUCACGAACACGGGUCUGACACCACAUGGCUAUGCCCUGACUGUCACGCUCUUCUCCGUGGCUUACGCCAUCUUCGAAGUCCCAAGCAAUUUCGUCAUGAAACACUACAUCCGGCCUUCUAGGUGGCUCGGAAUUCUUCUAUUCGCGUGGGGAGCAUUAACCAUCGGCUUUGCGGGUGUCCAAAACAGUGCCACAAUAAUUGCGUUGCGGUUCUUGAUCGGAGUCUUUGAAGCUGGUUUCUUUCCUGGAAUCGUCUACUUCAUCACAAUUUGGUACCGCUAUAACGAGCGCGCAGUGCGCAUCGCACUCGUGAUCGCAUUCUGUAACCUCGCUGGAGCUUUUGGAGGGGCCAUCGCGUUCGGGGUCGGGCACAUUAAUGGAGCAGCCGGCCUUGAGGGGUUCCGCUGGCUUUUCAUUAUUGAAGGCAUCAUCACCUUACUUUCUGCCUUUCUCUUAUGGUUUUUCCUCCCUGAUUAUCCAGCUCGAGCCAAAUGGCUCAGUAACGCCGAGAAGAAAUUCGCAGUUGAUCGUCUAGCCGAUCGCGGUGGCGGUUACAACCAGGAGCAUGCUACCAGAAAGGAGAUUCUGGACACAUGUUUUAGUCCACGAAUGUUGUUGCACUACAUCGCAUAUGUAGCCGACGUCGUUCCUCAGGGAUCUUUUACGUUCUUUACGCCUACUAUAGUCACCGGCCUAGGCUACGAGUCUAUUCAUGCCCAGCUUCUGACAGUCCCGCCAUGGGUCGUCGGCUUUUUCGUCGCUAUUACUAUCUCUUACUCUGCGGAUCACUUCAACGCUCGUGGCUGGCACAUCACCAUCGCAUCGCUUGUUGGAGGCACAGGCUGGCUAACUGCUGGUCUCCUUCCUGCUGACGCCUAUGUUCAGCGCUACGGCUGUUUAUGUAUGGCAGCUGCAGGAGCCUUUCCAGCUGCGCCUUCCAUGACGAAUUGGGUGACCUGCAACUCGCCGAGUUUCCUCACUUUACCACUUGCCAUUGCCCUGCAUAACUCCUGUGCAGGUCUUGGCCAGAUUAUCGCGCAGUGGAUUUGGAUGAACAGCGAAAGGAGUCAAGGAUUUCCAACAGGAAAUUUCGUGUGCGCUGCGUGCAGUUUCCUAGUUGCUGCAAUAGCAACGAUUCUUCGGCUUUGGUAUGGAAGGAUGAACAAGCUAGAAAGGUCAGACAGUAGAGGCGAUCAGAGAGUUUGGGCCUUGUAGACAGGUG